AUGGGGCUGGUGACCUCAGACGUGGCCGUCGGGGGUCCACACAGAGGACAACCGGAGAGGUACGACAACUUGGAAGUGCGGUUUCCGUCUCCAUCCCACGCGUCAGCCCAGGAGUGCCGCGUCCUCACACUGCCAGGCGGCCUCCAGCCUUCUCUGGCCGCACGCGCCCAGGUCAGCGUACCCAGAGCUGCUGGCUCCGGGACGGGCUGGCAGAGCCAGGCUGUGCCUUCAGACUGGGGGUGCGGUGCGGGGGGCUCCUCCUCCUUCCUCCGGGAAAGAACCCAGGUCAAAGUUGUUGCCGUCGAUGCAGAGCUGAAUGUAUUCUAUGAGGACAGUGUGCAUUUUGACAGAGACCUUCCAGAAUUUGGGACCCAGGGUGGAGUUCACGUUCACCAGGACGGGCUGACGGUGACAUCUCCAGUCCUGAUGUGGGUCCAGGCUUUGGAUGUCCUCUUGGAGCGGAUGAAGGCCUCCGGCUUUGACUUCUCGCAGGUCCUCGCCCUGUCCGGGGCCGGUCAGCAACACGGAAGUGUGUACUGGAAGGCUGGGGCCAGCCAGGUGCUGACAAGCCUGUCACCAGACCUCCCGUUGCAUAAGCAGCUGCAGGCCUGCUUCUCCGUCCGCGACAGCCCGGUAUGGAUGGACUCCAGCGCCACAGCGCAGUGUCGCCGGUUGGAGGCCGCCGUGGGCGGGCCCCGCGCGCUCAGCAGCCUCACUGGCUCCCGGGCCUACGAGCGAUUUACAGGAAACCAAAUCGCAAAGAUUUACCAGCAGAACCCCGAGGCCUACUCGCACACGGAGAGAAUUUCUUUGGUCAGUAGCUUUGCGGCCUCCCUGUUCCUUGGGUCUUACGCCCCCAUCGACUGCAGCGAUGUCUUGGAGGUGCCGGACCGGCACUUCCAUCCCACGCUCCCGGUCGCACCGACCUACCCAGGCAUGAUGCCCCGUGCUCUGGCCCUGGGCCUCGAGGGGGCUCUAGUCCGCAGUGUGCACGGCCUGGGGCCCAGGCUCCUGGCGGCCAUCAGCCCUGACAGUCGGGAGGGGCUGCCUCCCACCUGGGGGUGCCUGGGGUUUGCUCCGUGGCCCUGUGUGGCCUCCGCUAACCAGGGUCCCCUCCUGUCCUCAGCGUCGCUGGCAGGCAUGAAGCUGGAAGAAGGGGACAUUGCGGUCAGCCUGGGCACCAGCGACACCCUGUUCCUCUGGCUCCGGGAGCCCAUGCCCGCCCUGGAGGGGCACGUCUUCUGCAACCCGGUUGACUCCCAGCACUACAUGGCGCUUCUCUGCUUUAAAAAUGGCUCUCUCAUGAGAGAGAAGAUCCGCGAUGAGUCCGCUUCCGGUUCCUGGAGGGAGCUCUCUGAGGCGCUGCGGUCCACGGAGAUGGGGAACGGCGGGAACCUGGGGUUUUAUUUUGACGUAAUGGAGAUCACCCCUGAAAUUAUGGGGCGCCACAGGUUUAGUGCAGAAAACCACAAGGUCCCAGCAUUCCCCAGGGAGGUGGAGAUCCGAGCCCUGAUCGAAGGGCAGUUCAUGGCCAAGAGGACUCACGCCGAGGGCCUGGGCUACCGCGUCCUGCCCAAGACAAGGAUUUUGGCCACUGGAGGCGCAUCUCACAACAGAGACAUCUUACAGGUCCUUGCGGAUGUGUUUGGCUCCCCCGUGUACGUCAUAGACACUGCCAACUCUGCCUGCUUGGGCUCUGCCUACCGAGCAUUCCACGGCCUUGCAGCUGGAACAGACGUGCCCUUUUCGGAGGUUGUGAAGUCAGCCCCGCCUCCCAGAUUAGCGGCUACCCCCACCCCAGGCGCUUCGCAGGUCUACGAGGCCCUCCUCCCGAGGUACGCCAGGCUUGAGCAGAGAAUCCUGUCCGAGUCCCGGGGGCCUCCUGAGUGAACCCCUCGGGCCCCGGCACCCCUGAUCCUGCCUCGAGGAGUGCUCCCGGACACCAGGGGUCCUCGUCCUUGUGCUGGGCGACUCUGCCUGCCCUCCUGACUCCUUGCAGUGCCCCCGUCCCGCCCAGGGCCACCUCAUCCUGGGGGGGGGGGGCAGGGGGGGUUGUGGACUUAAAUCAGCAGGACCCUCUGACCCCAGCACCCCCUUCUCCAACUCUGACUCUUUGGUCACUCCUCCCCAAACUGUAACCCACAGCCACCCCCACCCCAUACUGUGACCCCACCAUCCAUUCUCCACCCCGCACCCAGACUCUCUCCCUUGGUGUCUGAGUGGCCUCCUAGGCUCUUCCUUUCUUGUCUCCCCAUGCUCAGUGUUCCUCCAGGCUUUCUCCCUCCAGCAUCUGCCCCUCGUCCCAGGGAUCUCUUCUUGCUCCCCCUGCCCUCCUGCUGAAACACUACCUCGCACCCAAAGAGUUUGACAUCAGCUCUCCCCACCGGCGACCUGACCCCUCCGAGGGCCCCUCUCCCAGGCCGCACGGGCUAGCUCCUCCCUCCCUCCGUGCCUUCCUUCAGGGAGAAUUUCUCAAAUCCUGGAUUUUGUUGAUCCUAUUUCUGUGGCGUCGUGUAACGUGUUCUCUAUCUUCUAUAUUUCCUGUAAAUCAGUGGUUGGCUCCAAUACAGAGCUCCUCAGCCUCAGUACUGUUGACAUUUAGGGCUGUAUAAGUUCGGGUUGGGGGGUGGCAUCUACCCACCAAAUGCCAGUAUCACCCUCUCCCCAAGUCGUGACAAUCAAAAAUGUCUCUGGACAUGGGCACGUACCCUGCUGCUGGGGGUGAGGGGGCAGAGUUGCCCCUCGUUCCUAACCACCGACGCACGGACCUGAUGGGACGCAGCGUGAUUCUCUUCCUCUGUGUGCCAGGCGACCGCACUGGCGUGUUCUUCCAGGAGGAGGCACGUCGUGUCUGGCUUUCUCUCGUUUUGUGACGUUCAUGUUUAGCUCUAUUAGUUCUUAGCAGUACCACUUUGCUGUUCCUCUUCAUUUACGGGCACCUGCGGUCAUCACCACCAGUGAUGAGGGAGACGUUGUGUGUGAGACAUUCCCUAUCGAAUUACCCAGCGGUGGGGCUUGUGUGCCACAGGCCGAACGAGUCCAUUCUUUCCCCUGUUCACCAGGUUUCAAAAGAACAGGUUAAUCCGCAAGUGUCGUCUAACAGCAACUAGAUUUUUAUUUUUAGUGUCAAUGAUACAUUUAACAUAGUUCAUGUAUUUUAAUCCAUUGUAAUGAUUUCUAUCCUUGCCUUGUUUUCUCUCCCAACUCUUCUGUUUUCCUACAUGUCAUUCCUUCUUUCUUUACUGAUACUUCUGCUCCGUUUACUCCUUCAUCACCGCUGGGCCCCAAGUCUCUGUCCUCGUCCCUCUUUCUCACCCAUUCUGUCCUCUUGGUGGAUGAUUUCAUCUGUUCUUGGGUUUCAGCCACUGUUUAUGGACCAGGAAGACCAGAUCUGUGUUUCCAUCCAGAGCUCCCAUUCUUCAGACUCCACUUACCUUCCCUCGCCCUUCCCCAGGCUUCCUCCUCUCAUGUUGCUGUUUUGGUGAAUUGGCACCUCCAUCUGUGCAUCCGUCCAUCCGUCCAUUCGUCCACCCGUGCAUCUAUCCACCGUCCAUCACGUCCAGGAGCCCAAACCCCAAAUGCAGAUAUCCCCCCCCUUUCCCACGUCAGAUUAGUCACCAGGUGAAUUUGGUUACUCCUUUGGUAACUCCUAAAGCACUUCCUUUCUCUCCAUUCCCCCCCCUGUUUUACUUUGGACCCCUUUAUACCUUGCUCAAAUUAUGACAACAGCCUACAUAGAAAGUCCUCUGAGGUCAGCUUCUGCAGAAUCCCCCAAAUUUUACCUCUGCUGCAGGCCCUCGCCUAAAUCAGGACGUCAGUUACACCAGGCUCCUUGCGGUCUCCCCUACAGUGGAAAAUGCUGCAAAGCAGGUCUGAGACCUGGUAGGUUAGAGCGGUGGGUGUGGGGGGAGCCGAAAGGAAGAGGUUUAGAAAAUGAACAGGGCCAGCGGCAUCACUUCUAAGAGCGAGGAAGUCCUCGUGAAAGGAAGCGGUGUCCCACCAGGCUCGGUGGGUGAGAAGCAAAAGCAGGCAGAAAGCUGAGGGUGACGGCCUGUGGCCAGCAAGUCAACGAUUCAGAGGGAAAGGGGCAGCCUUCCCGCCCCUGCUGCCGAGACACUACUUACUCAGGAAAUUUACACUAGUGACCAACAGAAAGAGGCCCUCUGGGACCAAGAAAUGGAGAGAGCCGGGCAAUCCAUUUCCCAUUUCGCCUCGCCCCCACAGAGUUGUCUGUUGCUGCAAGCGUGUCGACGUAAACAAAAAGGAACUUGCCACAUACACAAACAGUGAAUGUUUCAAGCUGAUGAAAUACUCCAAAGAAAACAAAAGAAUGAAGAACACGUAGGGUAAAUUGUAACAACCCUCCAAUAUGAACUUUAAGUGUUAAUACCAGUGUGGAUAUGAAAGAAUAUCACAGACCUGAGCAUCUAAAACUCAGAAAUGUGUGAAGAGAAGGCAGAUCAAGCCUGGCAAAGAAUUUGAACAGAAAAUUAAGACCAUAGAAAUGAAGCCUAAAUUACAACAUAGUAAAAUAAA